AUGUCUAGUUCGUUAAAUGAGUACAUUGUUCAAUGGAAAAAUAUUAAAAAAAUGGAUUUAAAAACAAUUUAUCUAUCUUCAGCUUGGUUAAAUGAUGAAGUUAUAAAUCAUUAUUUGGGUAUGAUUGUUGACCGUGAUCCAACUAACAUUCACACAUUUGAUACAUUAUUUUAUUCUAAAUUAUUAGCACAUGGAUACCAAUCUGUUAGUCGGGGGUCUAGAAAAAAAGAUAUAUUUGCAUGUAAAAAAAUGUUCAGUCCUAUUCAUCUGGGUAACCAUUGGUGUCUUAUAUGUGUAAACUUCAUUGAAAAAACCAUAAAAUAUUACGAUAGUUUAGGCAAUAAAAAUACAGACUGUUUAAAUAUAAUAUUUGACUAUCUAAAACAAGAGUACAAGAAUAAGAAGAAUGAGACAUUUGACUCUAGUGGAUGGCAAAUAAUUAACUCUGAGGAUUGUCCAAAACAAAAAAAUGGUUAUGAUUGCGGGGUGUUUACUUGUGUCAAUGCAGAGUACCUAUCUCGUGAUGCAAAACUAGAUUUUGUACAAGAUGAUAUGCCUAAAUUAAGGAUUAGGAUAUGUUAUGAGAUCUUAAACAAUCGUCUAUGUUUUUAA